CAAUGAAAUAUAAUCUUAGUACACAUACAAAACUGACACCAUUUUCAAGAAUCUUCAAUUUUGAAAAGUCUAAAAAUUAUAUUUCAAAAUGUUUCCCGAAGCCCCACCGCCAAAAAAAAAGAAUCUGGUAUGUCUUACCUAUGGAGUGACCAUUGGACUGCUGAUCAUUGGCCAGCUCCAGGUAUUGGCUUGUGUGGAACUCGAUUAUUUGAAUUUAGUUACGAUUAAACACGUCUACAUCAGCCUUGGGACCUUCUUCAUAAGCUUCUUCUCAAUCCAACUAUACGGGUUCUUCUACCACAUCCUUGUCAAGAAACCCUGGUAUGUGCGAUUCCUAGCUGGGUUUUUGACAUUUGAAGCCACAACCGUAGCGAUCAUGAAGCCGACUCGCAAUCCCACUUACUUGUGCAUUAUCAUUUCCAUUAUCCUGACUUACCUGAUGAUGCUGAUUGGUUGGAUCUAUGGAAAUGUAGCUUCCAAAUACCGAAAGGGCUGUUUCACCUCCCGCCUGAGAGCAAUUCUGCGGAGCGAACAGAUCUAUGCCCUCACCUGCUUUGGGAUCAUAGUUUGUGCGGGAAUGAAGCGUACCGGCUUCGAGCUGUGCCUCAUGCUAGUCUGCACAAUGAUCUCUAAUGUGUUUAUAGUCAUAUUCGCCGCCUCCAUAAGGAGGCAUUACUUCUACCGCGAGUACAUAGUCUCAGACUACAUCUUCAUUGGCCAACUAUACUACCUGAACUGCUAUACUCUGUGCAUGAGCUAUGUGUGGACAUUGUCUUGUCUUUUGAAAUUCGUUAACUGGGAUGCCAUGGCCUUGAACAUAAUAUUUUAGACGCACAUCGCUAGUGGACGAGGCGGGCAUGCGCCAACUAUCGGAACAGCUGGCUAGAAUGCUCCUGUUGUCCUGGCCAGAACAGUUGCUUGGUGCCGCGCUCCCAAUCUGGUUCGUCGUUGGGGUUACUCUUCUGUGCAAGUGGUGCUGUUUAAUUCGGUUAACCGGAAAAUCGAUACUGUUUUCUUGGCACACACAUCGUUUAAUUGUGGUGUCGCAGAAUGCAAAUAAAUGGCUUGCGUUGUGAACUGUU